AUGUGUCAAUCAUGGUCCUACUGUAACCCAAAGAAAUCCAGAAAGGCACCUUCUUUGUAUGAGUUCCAAGCAGGCCUGGACACUGUGAGCGAGACAGUGCCCCUGGCGAAAAGUCACAAGAACUAUGGAACCAAAUCAGGGAAAAGUCUGAAGAAGGCCGAACACAACAAGAAGUCGCACAAUGAGUCGACGAAGAGCCUUCAGCCAUCAACCAAGAAGAUCAAGACUCAUGAUCCAAAGGGACCCGAGCCAUUGCUUCUCAACCCGACGUUGAAAGAUGCAAAAGCAUAUCUGGAUGCUCGUCGAAGCACUCUUCCCCGGUUCUUCUUCCGUGGCUUUCACGCUGGCUCCGGAGGCGGUAUCCCCGGACUGAACAACAAAAAAGGCAUCACUCCGCACGGAUUUCUCAGAGGACAGACGCCUACCACCAUGUAUGCCAUUAAAAAUGUCCAUCAUAUGAUUCAUUACCACCUAUCUGGGGUCGUUGGGAAUAGUCACUUCAGUUCGUGGUCCGCUGAUCUGCACACUGCUCUUGGCUACUCUGGUGCCCACGGGGGUAAGAGGUACGGAAGGCAUAUCGCCGUGCUUGAUACUCGGCUCCUGGAGCCUCACGUGGAGGUGUACCACACUGAGGAUUUGCGCGAUGCUGGUCUGUCCAACCAAGCUUACUCUUAUGAGUGGUUGAUAUACGGACCUAUCACCGGGGUCGCUUAUCGGUGUGCAUCUGUCGACGCGAUGGAAAAUAUCGGCUUGCCCAUCAUAUACACCAUCACCGCCCGCCCAGCAAAACUAAUGACGACAGAAGCCGCCGUCGUGACUGCAAAGAAGGUUGGCGAGCUGUUUCGACAUGAUCAAGACAAGAGCCCGGAUGUGAUCUUGGCCGUAGCGGCUGCUGUGCUAGGCCUGCAUUUUCGCCGCCUAGGGCAGCGCGGACUCGAGCCAGGAGUGAUCGACUCAGCAGCCAGGCUUUGGGCACACGAGCUCAGGACACUGAAGAAGCCAAAGUUGCCCACUAUUGGCACCGGCAUAUUGGCCAAUCCGCUGACUCCAACGAGGAACCUCCCGGGGCUGGAACUCAUGGUUGACCUGCUUAUUGCCCUCGAACAGAGAGCUAUUCAAGCAGGAGCGCAGUCAACGCCCGUGGUUAUCGAUCUUACCAACGAAGUCGACGAUGAUGAGUACAUCAAUUUCUUGAUGCAUGGAGCUGUUGGAAAUGAGGCAAAGUCCGACUCGGGUUAUAUCGACCUUACUAAGGAAGAGGACGAUGGCGUUCACAAAGUCACAAAGAAAUUCCAUGGUCUGCGUGGAGGAUGA